GGGCGCCAUAUUGUCUUGUUCGUGAAGACGAGGAGUAAGGGGGAGGAAGCGGCGGUGGCGGUGAAGGAGACGAAGCGGCGCCGCCUGUGACCGGCGGGGGGAGGAGAGGGAACAUAAUAUAUAAAGAAUUAAAGAUGUGGGAUCAAGGUGGACAGCCUUGGCAGCAAUGGCCUUUGAACCAGCAACAGUGGAUGCAGUCCUUCCAGCAUCAGCAAGAUCCAAGCCAGAUUGACUGGGCUGCAUUAGCUCAGGCAUGGAUUGCCCAACGGGAAGCCUCGGGGCAGCAGAGCGUGGUAGAACAACAAGGAAUGAUGCCAAAUGGACAGGAUAUUUCCGGAAUAGAGCCUGGUCCAAACAACCAUGGUAAUUUUCAGGGGGAUCCCAACUUCAACAGAAUGUGGCAGCCAGAAUGGGGAAUGCCUCACCAACCUCCACAUCCACCUCCAGAUCAACAGUGGAUGCCUCCAGCCCCUGGUCCAAUGGAAAUUGUUCCUCCAUCUGAAGACAGCAACAGUCAGGAUAGUGGGGAAUUUGCCCCUGACAACAGGCAUAUAUUUAACCAGAACAAUCACAACUUUGGGGGACCACCCGAUAACUUUGCAAUGGGGCCAGUGAACCAGUUUGACUAUCAGCAUGGGGCGGCUUUUGGUCCACCCCAAGGUGGAUUUCAUCCACCUUACUGGCAGCCAGGACCACCAGGGCCACCAGGUCCCCCAGCACCUUCAGCGCCUCCCCAGAACCGAAGGGAAAGGCCCUCGUUCAGAGACCGUCAACGUUCACCCAUCGCGAUGCCUGUGAAGCAGGAGCCUCCACAGAUUGAUGCUGUGAAACGUAGAACCCUUCCUGCUUGGAUUCGUGAGGGUCUGGAAAAGAUGGAACGAGAAAAGCAGAAAAAGCUGGAAAAAGAGAGAAUGGAACAGCAACGUUCUCAGAUGUCUAAAAAAGAAAAGAAAGCAAGUGAGGAAGCUGAAGAAGGAGAUGGUCCACGGUUACCUCAGAAAAGUAAAUUUGACAGUGAUGAGGAAGAAGACGACAUCGAAAACACAGAAGCUGCAAGUGUUGGAAAAGUUAGUAGGAGCCCCUCUCCUGCUCCUCAAGAGGAGCAAAGUGAACCAGAAAUGACAGAAGAAGAAAAGGAGUAUCAAAUGAUGAUGUUGACAAAACUGCUGCUGACAGAGAUUCUUUUAGAUGUCACAAAUGAAGAAAUUUAUUAUGUAGCCAAAGACGUACAUCGUAAAGCAACUAAAGCUCCUGCAAAACAGCUGGCACAGUCCAGUGCACUGGCUUCCCUCACUGGGCUCGGUGGACUGGGUGGUUAUGGAUCAGGAGACAGUGAAGAUGAGAGGAGUGACAGAGGCUCUGAAUCAUCUGAUACUGAUGAUGAGGAACUACGACACAGAAUCAGGCAAAAACAGGAAGCAUUUUGGAGAAAAGAGAGAGAACAGCAACUAUUACUAGAAAAACAGCUAGAAGAAGAAAAACUACAACAUGAAAAAAUUGCAAAAGAGAUGAAUGAAUUCAUUAAUAAAGAGCAAAAUAGCAAUUCAGCACCACAGGAAGCGAAGGAAACAGAGGAUGAUGUGUUUAAUGAAAAGAAAAGAUCUCCAGGUGAAACUGCACCAGAUAUAGAACCCAAAAAAGAGGUUAAAGAAAAAGAGAGAACAGGAAGGAGUAGGUCAAGAAGUUCUAGUAGUGGUACCACUAGCAGCAACAGUAGAAGCAGUAGUAGCAGCAGUACUGUAUCUAGUACAUCAUAUAGUACGAGCUCAGGUAGUAGCCGCAGUUCUUCACGGUCUUCCUCUCCUAAAAGGAAGAAGAGACGUAGUCACAGUAGAUCUCCAUCACAUAAAAUUAGGCGCAGUAGAAGUAGGAGUUAUUCUCAUAGAAAUAGGAGAGAGAGGAGUAGAAGUAGGGAAAAGAUAAGAGAAAGGAGACGGUCUAGUAGAAAUAGCAUGGAGAAGGGGGAGAGACGAAAAAAUCGUAGUCCUUCCCGGGAAAGAAGUUGGGAGAAGCGUAGAAGCAGUAGUCACUCAAGGGAUAGGCGAGCUAGUCGUGCUAGUCGCAGCAGGAGUCGAGAUAGGCGUAAAAGUGAUGACCAGCAUAGAAGUCUUAGUGGAAAUAGGCACAAGCACAAGGGUGAAGGGAAAGAUCAAGAGAGGAAAAAGGAACGAAGUAGGAGCAUAGAUAAAGAUAGGAAAAAGAACAGAGAACGGGAGAGAGACCAGGAGAAAAGAAAAGAGAAGCAAAGAAAAGAAGAAAAAGACAGUAAGUGUGGCAAUCAUGAUGACAGUAGGUUAAAGAGAAAAAGAGAUAGUGAAAGAGCUCUCUCUCGCAGCAAUUCAAUGUCUGCUAAAAUUUUAAGACAGGAUUCUAGACAGGAAAGCAAAAAAAGUUCUACCAAAGAUAGUAAAAGACAUUCAGGCUCUGAAUCUAGUGUCAGGAGCAGUUCUGAAUCACCAGGAAGCAGCAAAGAAAAGAAGGCUAAGAAAUCAAAGCAUAGUCGGUCACGAUCCAUGGAGAAAUCUCAAAGGUCUGGUAAGAAGGCAAGCCGCAAACACAAGUCUAAGUCACGAUCAAGGUCAACAACCCCUCCUCGUCGUAAACGCUGAGGAACGAUGUGGCACCAGUGAUAUGACAUUAAAAAAUUCCAUGAGUUUUAAGGGCUUGUCUCAUUAUAGAGGCACAUUGUGGCUGUGUAGGUGAAACCAGAAUCCUUUUUUAAACUGUAAAUAGGUGUAUUUUUUUCCAAAUGCUGCUCAGUUAAAUAAUAGGAUUUCUUUGUAUUGCAAUUUUUUCAGAAACAGUAGUGCUUAAUAAGAAUAUAAAACAUGCCAUUCUCUUUCAGCUGUAAUGUUCUUAAAAUUACUAUUGAAUGUACUGUGAUGUCAAUAAAGCUCUUUAGUUCAUUUU